AUGAACAUCGUUGGUUUUCGUAUAGAUGACCCUGUAAAUUAUAUUUCUGAUCCCCACCCACACCACCACCAAAAGAGUAACCACUUCUUGACGCCAUCAGAGGCUACAACAAAACCAACAAUUAUCUUGGAAUUUCGUUACGUCGGCGCUCUUGGACGCUUCACUUUCUUACCUCGAGAUGACUCGAUCUUAUUUUUACAAGAGGUUCGAUCACCACCCGCUUCAUAUAGAGUUCGUUUUCCCAUCUGGAGUUCACCGUCUGAUAAAAUACAUGCCAAAAAACAAGAGUCGGAAAUCCUGAGAAGCAUAGGAAUCAAUAGAGAAACUCGGUUAGACAUUAUGAAUAAACUGAGUACAGAGAUUGCAUUGUAUCUGAAAAACAGCAAUAUUAAUAAUGUCGGACAUGUCUUAAUUGCUGUUAAUGUAGUUACAAUGGAGGGGGAAAUUAUAGAGUACAGCGACUAUGAAGAAGAAUUUAUCAGGAUUGCUGAGAUGGAGUCCAUGGAAGAUGUUAAGCUGAUACCUGCUAGUAAAUCAUCCAUUCGAAAAUUGGAAAAACUGGCGGUUGAUGAUACUCCCGAAAGCUCGUGCAGGAUCUGCUUGGAUGAGAUUGAGACGGGGAAUGAAGCGAUUCGGAUGCCGUGUUUGCACUGUUAUCACCAGGACUGCAUUGUCCAGUGGUUGCAGAUUAGCCACUUUUGUCCAAUCUGUCGCUAUGAAAUGCCUGAAGAAUUAGAAGAACUGCCUAUCUAG